GGUAUUUGAAAGUAGAAGAUUUAUCUAUGGUACUUUUAUUUAAUGGAGUGCAAAUAGUUGAUACGAUUACAUUUAAGUGUAUAGCAACCAAAGAGUCCGAUCUUAAUACCGCUUAUUGGGACCACGAAACUGAAGAAAUGGGUAUAUUUGCUAUAGCUGAUGUUUCAUGCAUGAGCAAUAAAGAUAUGUCACACGAACUUUCUUGUGAUUUAAGUUGCGAACAACUAAGAGACGAUGAUAUUGAAGACGAUGUAGUUUGUGCUAUUAAACUAUUCAAUCUUUAUAAAAAAAUGACUGGAGACGGUUUCACCUACUGGUCUGUUUAUGUAGAAGGUUACUGUAGAAGCGAAACUGAUUACUAUAUAUAAAACACUAGCAUAAACAUCGUUAGAUAAAAUAGUGUUUUGCAUGUCAAUAUAUUAAUUAUAGUGAAUACAAAAUUCGCAAUUGAGACUUGUCCUAACUUAAUAUAUAAACUGUUCUAAAUUACCUGACCACCUAAGUUGGUGGUAGAUCUCCUCUUUCUGGUUCGUUUAUUUUUUUUGUAAUUGACUUAUAGUAAUCGAAUUUUUUGAAUCAUUUAGUUUAUCUGUACUACUCCGUAACUCAAGGUUAGUAAUCUUGGAUGUUAUCUUCAUAGCGAUGGUCAUAUGUUUUUCGCUCAGAUUACUGAUGUGAUCGUAACAGAGCAGUACUAACAGUAAGCGAUCGGAAAAUCAUCCCAUUCGUUACUUCCCUGGCACUCGAAUGGUGACUCCAGGUCCGAAUAGCUGUCAAAUAUAGUGAAGUAUUCCAUGAAGGAAGCAGAGUUCUCCCAUACUUAGUGCAAAGCUCCGUUGAUAGCAGAAAGCUCUGCCUGAAAGACUGUGCAGUGCGUAGUCAAGUCAACCGCAGACAUUUUGAGUGACACGCUAAAUAAGAUUCCACGAGGUUUUGAUUUUGUUGGAAUUAGUAUUAAUAUUUCAUACCUAAACAAAAUCAUAUUGGAUCACUGCAUCUUUGUUUG